GCUGACACCGGAUGUCGUGUAGUCACACAGCUUAAACACCACUGACGGAAUUCAUUCCUCUGGAUCUCUGAUCAUUUUCCUCAUGAGCGACCUGAGACGAGCGGCAAGGUCAAGCCACAGGCCCUGAGGGGGAGAUGACAAAGGAGGAUGUUUCAGAGCCUGUGGAUGGAGAGACCGUCCUGGGCUGUGACACCAGACUGUCUUCCCAUCAGCGCACGGUUAUCCACCUGGUGGCCUCCGCACCCAUGCCCAGUGACUAUGAGUUCUCCUUCUUUGACCCCAGUGAGCUGCAGUGUAGGGAGGUUCUUCUGGAUCCCAGCACCACAAUCCCAGAGCUGUUCGCUGUCCUCAGGCAGUGGGUGCCCCAGGUUCAGAAGAAUAUUGACCUCAUUGGCAAUGAGAUCUUAAAGAGAGGCUGUGGUGUGAAUGAUCGAGACGGACUGACAGAUAUGAGCCUUCUGCACUACUGCUGCAAGGCUGGGGCCCCGGGCAUCGGUGAUGCAGACACAGCAGCCAGCUUUGCCCGCCAGCUCCUCAUCCUGGGUGCUGAUCCUAACCUCCGUUCACGCUGGACUAACAUGAGGGCCCUGCACUACGCUGCGUACUUCGAUGUUCCCCAGCUUAUCCGGGUCGUGUUGCAGGCCUCCCAGCUUGGAGAGGUAGAUGCCACCUGCAGUGACUUUGAUUUUGGCACCGCCCUUCACAUUGCUGCAUCCAACCUGUGCACAUCAGCUGUCAAAUGUCUCCUGGAGCUCGGAGCCAACCCAGCUUUCAGAAAUGAAAAAGGACAGUGCCCUGCAGAUGUGGUGCCUGACCCUCUUGACAUGCCUGUGGAGAUGGCAGAUGCAGCCGCUGUGGCCAAAGAGCUCCGAUCUUUGCUGAGCAAGGCUUUACCAAGACCCAGCUCUCCGCUGCCACUCACUCUGCACACCCAGACCCCUCCUGCCCUCUCCGAUAAAGCCAGGAUACAGCUCUCCACCAUGGGAAUCCGUCUCGGAGACCGUGUGGUGAUAGCUGGACAGAAGGUCGGAACUCUGCGAUUCUGUGGCAGCACUGAGUUCUCAGGAGGCCUCUGGGCUGGAGUGGAGCUCGACAAACCAGAGGGGAAGAAUGACGGCUCGGUAGCAGGGGUUCAGUAUUUCACCUGUUUAAUCAAACAUGGAAUUUUUGCUCCCCUUUCCAAGAUAAGCAAACCUUUGGAAAGACAUAAAACCAGCACCACAAGGACGUCUACACCCAUACGGCCCCAUCGUCGCAUUGACCUGUCCCGCAUCACCUCAAAGAUAAACACAGGUGUUCUCUCCCGCUCUCUUUCCUCUUCAUCCUCUUCACUGGACUCUCGGCAUGGGCCAGGUGCCCGACCUCGUCCACUGCCAAGGCAACACCGUCCUGCCAGGCAGAGAAGGGAGCGUGUUAGUCCCAGGACCUCGCCCUCACUAGCGCUGCAUUCAUAUUCUGGCACCACUGUGCUGACUGCUGCAGGUGUCCGAAGCAGAACCCCCUCAGCGAGUAGCUCUGUGUAUGAGGGCCCUGAGGUGCGUCUGGGGGAGAGGGUGCUGGUGGUGGGUCAGAGAACUGGUGUGGUCCAGUUUUAUGGAAAGACCAGCUUUGCUCCAGGCCUCUGGUUGGGCAUUGAACUGGACAAGCCAAGUGGUAAGAAUGAUGGAUCAGUGGGAGGAGUGAGGUACUUCAGCUGCCCACCAAAACAUGGCGUCUUUGCUCCUCCAUCUCGUGUUCAAAGGAUCCAUGGAUCCGUCGAUUGCCUCUCGGAGCUCUCGUCCUCACGCCUCAGUCAUCCAUUCAGCGGGACAAUCCGUCGCAGUUUGAGCACAUCAUUGUCCAUAGCCACCCCAAAGGAGACGAGCAGAAGAAGUCCUGUUAGCAGGAGUCGUUCCAACCCUCACCGACGGCGCUGGAGCACUCUCAGUGGAAGUAGUGGUGGUGUCCCUGGACGUGCAGGGUCCAGUCCCUCAGCCAGCCCUGAUGGACAGAUCCGCCUGCACGUGGGCAUGCAGGUCCUGCUGAACAGCGCCAAUGAGAUGGCGUUCAUCCGUUACCUGGGAACGGCAGACUUUGCCCCGGGCCUUUGGCUGGGUCUGGAGCUCCGAAGCCCCAAGGGCAAGAAUGACGGCUCUGUGGGGGGCCGCCGCUACUUCACCUGUCGAGCUGGCCACGGUGUGCUGGUCCGUCCCAGCCGCGUCACAUACCGUGGCAUCAACGGAUCGCGCUUGGUGAAUGAAAACAGCAGACUGUAGUAAAUGGAGUGAGUGGGUUUGGAGAACAUUUUCUGUUCAUGUUCCGCUGCAAGAUUUUUUUCGUUGAAUCAACCAUCAUUGAUUUUCCUCUGUACAGUCAGAGCUGGUGUGAAUUAGUUACAAAACCAGUUAUUAAUAUUUUCAAAUUUAAACUACUAGAUUAGUUUUUGGCAAAUUGUAUGAAGCAAAAAAAAAAAGCACUUUAGAAAAUUAACUUUCAAAUCCUCUUAGAAUUUAUCUCAGCAGGAUGUUGGAGGGAAAGUCUUAAUAAGGCAAAAACCGCUGCACUAUUUUUAAUCUGAUUGCACUGACGACGUCGACAUGAUUGAUCUGAAUAUGAUAAAAGAAAUGGAAUGGAUGUGUACACAUGGAAAACUAUUUCUAAAGAUUAAUGAUUGCAUCGAGUAGAGAUUUUUAUCACAUAAUUUAGUUUGUAAUGUUACUCUAACCAAAAGUGUCCAAGUCUUUGUGAUUGCGUGUGCAUGUGUGUAUUAAUUGAGAAGCGCUUUGACACGAGAGAGAUUGAUUUUUUUUUUCCCAGGUCAUCAUAUAACUUGCAUAUAAUUGAUGGGAGUUGAGUCAAAAGUGGAUUUUCAGUAUAUAUCAAUGUGAAUUAAAAACAGGAUUUAAUUAACCCUGGACCUCCAUCCACCUCCAUCACAAUACAACCGCAUCAGCUGGAGUUAUUGCCUCCUACAUACACAGACUGUCCAUUAACUUACACAGAUGCAUGAUGGUAUAUUGUGCUGUGGGCUGCAAAAAUCCCUUUGGCUGGGAUUCUUAAUCAGAAUGAUGCUGCUGCGGUGAUGUCAUCCAGUGAGAGUCUGUUGAACAGCACACAGGUUUUAUAAAUAUUUUGACCAGAGUCGGGAACACAGUCGGAUUAUAAACCUGAUUUGCUUAAACCUCGCUAUUGAAUCAUUUUACAACCUGAAUCUAGAAGUGAUUCUCUUCUUAAUGUAAUCCACAAACAUUGUUCAAUUCAAAUGUCCUCUAGUGUGUCUCUGUACUCGACAAACAGGAGCGGCUCUACACAGGAAAUGUGCAAUCAUCCAGAAGUUUCAAGGACAGACUUUUCUAUUUGAUUAGAGGCAUCUGGGCAACUCAGCAGAGAACAAGGCAUCGAUUGUGCAUGUGGAAAACAGGCCCACUGUUCAGUAAAACAUUCAUGUACUAUCCAAUUAGGGCGUGCAGGCCAAUCCAGUCGCUGAAGAGUCUCAUUGAUCCGUCUGGUCAGGCCCCCUGUGAUUUAAAACAGUGGUGGUCAGAACCUGUGCUUGUCUAAAACAUCUGCCACAGAGAUAACGCUUGAAACUGGUGGGCUUUUAAAAACGCAGUGUUUUCAGAUUCCUGUUAAAUCUUAAUUCCAUUAAGGGCAUUUCUGUGAUAAUUCCUGUUGCAUUUGUCAGCGUUCCACUUUUAAAAUCUCAUCUAUAGAUAGACUUGCGUUCUUUGCAUCUGCAACCCCCACUGUAUUACAAAUCCCUCUGAUUGCAAAUUCCACUGAUGGGUAUGAAAGUGUCUCUGCACUCUGUUCGUGUGGGUAAUAGAUGUUUUGUUUUCAUGAAAUUUCUGUACAUUUGAAAUGUGAGAGGGGAAUUUGGUCUGAUGCAUUUAUAUGUUGUGGAAAAUAAGA